GGUUGGGGGAGCAGCGGCGCCCUCAGCUCCAGAAGGGGGGUGGGGGGAGCGGAGAAACCGGGGCGCACGGAGGAACGCCGGGCCCCCAGCGCCGUGGGAACUGGGAGGACCGUGCGGCCGGAGCGAACGGCGCGGCAGCAUACUUCCUGCGUGGCGCAGCGCGACGGGGACCCUGGGACCGCCCGGAUCUCCCUCCAAGACGCCCCACGCCUGGGCGUCCUCGGUCGCCUCUUCUUCCUUCACUCGCCGCCCGGGCGCGAGCGGCGCCCUAGUCGGGUGCGCCAUGUCCGGGGCCGGGUAGCCCCGCCGCCAGCCGGCCUGCCAGCCCGCCCUCCGCGCCACCCGCCAGCGGGCUGGCCGGCAGGGAAGUCGCGGGGCAGAUGCAGUGAGUGAGGGGGGGGCCAUGGCAGAGGAGCGCCCCCCCCGACUGGUGGAUUACUUCGUGGUAGCUGGGCUUGGAGGGAAUGGAGCACCUAUCCCUGAGGAAACGUGGGUUCCUGAACCCAGUGGGCCCCUGCGCUCUCACCGGCCAGCUGAACCCAUCACAGAUGUGGCGGUCAUCGCUAGGGCACUGGGCGAGGAAGUGCCCCAGGGCUACACGUGCAUCCAGGCUUCCACUGGGGGCCACCCCUUGGAAUUCAGUGCUGGGCUCCUGGGUGGAACUCAGCCCGUCAUCUGCUACCGCAGGGGUCGUGACAAGCCUCCCCUUGUGGAACUGGGGGUGUUGUAUGAGGGGAAGGAACGUCCCAAGCCUGGCUUCCAAGUACUAGAUACGACACCCUACAGCCACUCAGCUAACCUGGCCCCUCCAGGCCCUGGACACCCCCGCACCUACCUCAUUUACCGGCGGGCAGCAGAGGGGGCAGGGCUGCAUGCCCUGGGCAUCACUGACCUCUGCUUGGUCCUGCCCAGCAAGGGGGAGGGCACUCCUCACACCUACUGCCGACUGCCCCGCAACCUCAACCCUGGCAUGUGGGGCCCAGCAGUGUACCUGUGCUACAAGGUGGGCCUGGCUAAGGCCAAUACACUGGUGUAUGAGGCAGAGUUGCUGGGCCGCUACCCAGAGGAAGACAAUGAAGCAUUUCCGCUGCCCGAGUCAGUACCCGUCUUCUGCCUGCCCAUGGGGACCACUAUUGAGUGCUGGCCUGCCCAGACCAAGUACCCCGUGCCUGUCUUCUCCACCUUUGUGCUCACAGGGGCAGCUGGUGAUAAGGUAUACGGUGCUGCUCUGCAGUUCUACGAGGCUUUCUCCAGGGCCCGGCUGUCAGAGCGGCAGGCUCGGGCCCUAGGCCUGCUGAGUGCUGUGGAAAGGGGCCGGGCGCUGGGGGGCCGGGCAGUACGUAGUCGUCGUGCCAUUGCCGUGCUGUCCCGCUGGCCUGCCUUUCCUGCCUUCCGAGCCUUCCUCACCUUCCUUUACCGAUACUCCGUCUCAGGCCCCCACCGCCUGCCCUUGGAAUCGCACAUCUCCCACUUCAUUCACAACGUCCCUUUCCCUUCCCCACAGAGACCCCGAAUCUUAGUGCAGAUGUCUCCUUAUGACAACCUGCUCCUCUGUCAACCUGUAUCCUCACCCCUGCCCCUCAGUGGUGCCAGCUUCUUGCAGCUGCUGCAGAGCCUAGGCCCUGAGCUGGCAAUCACACUCCUGCUGGCUGUGCUUACGGAGCACAAACUACUGGUUCAUUCGCUGCGGCCAGAUCUGCUCACCAGUGUUUGCGAGGCUCUCGUCUCUAUGAUCUUCCCGCUGCACUGGCAGUGCCCCUACAUCCCACUGUGCCCGCUGGUGUUGGCAGACGUGCUAAGCGCCCCGGUGCCUUUCAUUGUGGGUAUCCACUCCAGUUACUUCGAUCUCCAUGACCCACCUGCGGAUGUCAUCUGUGUUGAUCUUGACACCAACACACUUUUCCAGACUGAGGAAAAGAAACCCCUCUCCCCUCGGACCCUGCCCCGCAGGCCCUACAAGGUCCUGCUGGCCACACUGACAAACCUAUACCAGCAACUGGACCAGACGUAUACUGGACCUGAGGAGGAGGCAUCCCUGGAAUUCCUACUGACAGACUACGAGGCUGUGUGUGGCCGCCGGGUCCGGCUGGAGCGCGAAGUCCAGGGCGCCUUCCUCCGCUUCAUGGCCUGUCUGCUCAAGGGCUACCGGGACUUCCUGCGCCCACUCACCCAGGCCCCCUCUGAGGGGUCUCGAGAUGUGGACAACCUUUUCUUCCUGCAGGGCUUCCUGAAGUCCCGGGAACGCUCCAGCCACAAGCUAUACUCCCAGCUGCUGCACACACAGAUGUUCUCGCAGUUCAUUGAAGAAUGUUCUUUUGGCUCUGCUCGGCACGCUGCCCUGGAAUUCUUUGACUCCUGUGUUGACAAGGUCCACCCUGAGCAGGAGAAGCCUGAGCCUACACCCUUGAUAGAGCUGGAGGAGCUGUCCGGAAGUGAGCUCACUGUCUUUAUCACCCCUCCUGAGGAGCCUCCUGUGACAGAGGGCAGUGAACCCACUCCCCUAUAUUGCUACGAUGGGUUCCCAGAACUACGGCCUGAACUGUUCGAGUCUCUUCAAGAGCAUCCUGGGGCUCUGCCUGUGCCAGGCCCAUCCCGUAGUGCUCCCAGCAGUCCUGCUCCUCGCCGUACCAAACAGGAGAUGAAGGUGGCACAGCGGAUGGCACAGAAGUCAGCAGGUAUGCCGGAGCUGUGGGCCCGGUGCCUGCUGGGACAUUGUUAUGGGCUAUGGUUCCUGUGUCUGCCUGCCUAUGUGCGGGCGGCGCCCUCGAGGGUACGGGCACUGCACACAGCUUACCACGUCCUACGCCAGAUGGAGAGUCGUAAGGUGGUGCUUCCUGAUGAGGUGUGUUACCGGGUGCUGAUGCAACUCUGCUCCCACUACGGGCAGCCCGUGCUAUCUGUGCGGGUCAUGCUGGAGAUGCGGCGGGCAGGCAUCGUGCCCAACACCAUCACCUAUGGCUACUACAACAAGGCAGUUCUGGAAAGCAAGUGGCCAUCUGGCACACCGGGUGGGCGCCUGCGUUGGACCAAGCUCCGGAAUGUCAUCCUGGGGGCUGCUCAGUUCCGCCAGCCCUUGAGAGAACGGAGGCAGCAGCAGCAGCAGCAGCAGCAGCAGGAAGAAACAGCAGCACAUCAAGAGACAGGCAGCUCCCAGACAGAUCCCCAUCUGGAGCGCCCCUCCCCCACCCGCCCCCUUCAGCGGCAGACUACCUGGGCUGGGCGCAGCCUGCGGGACCCAGCCUCCCCAAUGGGGCGCCUGGUGAAGAGCAGCAGUCUGGGCAGUGCCCAUAGGGCACAGCCCACUGUGGAGGCCGGCGUGGCCCACAUGAUGGAGGCCUUGGGGGUCCUGGAGCCCCGGGGAUCACCUGUGCCCUGGCAUGAUGGAAGCCUCUCAGAUCUGAGUCUGACAGGGGAGGACCCAUUGCCUGGAGGCAGUCCAGGGGCCUUGGGCUCAGUCCUGAAUGCCCAGGCUGCUGAGGCUCUGGAAGGGCUUAGUGGGCAGAUGUCCAAGGCUGCUGGACGUCAGGAUGAAGCUGGCACCCCCCGACGAGGGCUGGGGGCUCGCCUCCAACAGUUGCUCACUCCUUCCCGCCGCUCCUCAGCCUCCCGUGCUCCCCUACCUGAGCUGCCCCCUGACAUGCCUCCCCAAGUCUGGCGCAGCCCUAUGGAGAGCCUUCUCCACCCCCGGGAGCGUCCUGGAUCUACUGCCUCAGAGAGCUCAGCCUCUCUGGGCAGUGAGUGGGACAUCUCAGAAUCUUCUCUCAGCAGCCAGAGCCUUCGCCGUUCCUCAGAGCGCCUCAGUGAUGCCCCUGGAUCCAUCCAGCCACCUUCCCUGGAAAUUCUUCUGUCUAGCUGCUCCCUGUGCCGUGCCUGUGAUUCGCUGGUGUACGAUGAGGAGAUCAUGGCUGGCUGGGCACCUGAUGACUCCAAUCUCAAUACAACCUGCCCCUUCUGUGCCUGUCCCUUUGUGCCCCUACUCAGUGUCCAGACCCUUGAUUCCCGACCCAGUGCUUCCAGCCCCCAGCCUGCCCCUGCUGGUGCCACUGACAGCAAAGAUGCUCCUGUUCCUGGGGGCCCUGGCCCUGUGCUCAGUGACCGCAGGCUCUGCCUGGCUCUGGAUGAGCCCCAGCUCUGCAAUGGGCACAUGGCGAGUGCCUCCCGGCGGGUCGAGGGUGGGUCAUGGGCAUACCUGAGCCCCCUGGUGCUGCGUAAGGAGCUGGAGUCAUUGGUGGAGAAUGAGGGCAGUGAGGUGCUGGCAUUACCUGAGCUGCCUGCUGCCCAUCCCAUCAUCUUCUGGAACCUUCUGUGGUAUUUCCAGCGGCUGCGCCUGCCCAGUAUUCUGACAGACCUGGUGUUAGCUUCCUGUGAUGUGCCGCCACACCCCCAGGCCUCAUCUCCUUGGCUACCCCCUGAUCCAGCCUCUGUGCAGGUGCGGCUGCUGUGGGAUGUCCUGACCCCUGACCCUAGCAGCUGCCCACCUCUCUAUGUGCUCUGGAGGGUACACAGCCAGAUUCCCCAACGGGUUGUGUGGCCAGGCCCAGCACCUGCAUCCCUUAGCCUGGCAUUGCUGGAGUCAGUGCUACGCCAUGUCGGACUCAAUGAGGUGCACAAGGCUGUGGGGCUCCUGUUGGACACUCAGCCUACUGGCCUGCAUCUACAGAGGGGCAUCUACCGCGAAAUCUUGUUCCUGACAAUGGCUGCUCUGGGCAAGGACCACGUGGACAUAGUGGCUUUCGACAAGAAGUACAAGUCUGCCUUUAACAAGCUGGCCAGCAGCAUGGGCAAGGAAGAGCUGAGGCAGCGACGAGCACAGAUGCCCACCCCCAAGGCCAUUGACUGCCGCAAAUGUUUUGGAGCACCUCUGGAAUGCUAGGAACCCAGAACUCCCCACCCUAGCUUUGGGGUAGGAUGGGGAAGAAAGGAUUCUAGCAAUAAUCUGCUUCCCUGUUCCCCUCAUAGAGGAGUUGGGAAUAGACUGGCAAGCAUGCCCAGCCAUAGGCUCCAAGGGGAAGGGGUUAGCAGGAAGAAGGACCCACUGUUACCACAAGUUACAGUUUCAUUAUCUCCAACCUGCCCAAUUUGCUUGUGCUGAUGUUGGGAGUGAGUUGGCACAGCUCUGCUCCUCCCCUGUCCUAUAUCAGGAACCUUCCCCCCUCCCAGGGUACCCACAGAUCUGCAUUGCCCUGGUCAUUUUAGAAGUUUUUGUUUUAAAAAACAACUGGAAAGAUACAGAGCUACUGAGCCUUUGCCCUGAAUGGGAGGGAGGAACUCCCCACCAAUAAUAGCUCCUCUGGCAUUGCUGAAGGAGCCCAAGGCUCCCCAUGCCUUCCUACCUUAGUGUUUGUAUUUUAUUUUAAGUUAUUUAUUUUGGAGCCACAGCCUCCACGCUUAUGAAGUUCUUUUGGAGGGUAAGAAAGAAGGGAAAUAGUGUAUCAUGGUCUGGUGGUUUGGAGCUCCUUGAAAGUCAGGUGGUUGGACUAGAGGAGCCCCAACCUCUCUGUGGGAAGAAUUGGUGCCCCUCCACUCAUAAUCCUUGGCCACUCCUCCUUGGGGGAUGCCUCACCCACCUGGGACUGUGACCUGUGCAAUAAGGAUUGUUCCCAGUGAAGUUUUGUUGGAUAUAAAUAUAGUAAAAGCUGCUUCUGUCUUUUUC